UUGGGCGUGACUCUGGCUACUGACCAAACCGCUUCAUACAAUCAAGCGCAAGUAGCCUACACUCGUAAUACUAUUAAACGCCUCUAAUACUCUGCGUAGGGUACUACAUAGUGCACUAUGUUUCCCAUAUGGAGAUGUUUGGAACACAACCAUAAAGAUGAAGGCGGGGUUUUACGCCACAUCGCAAACACUGGACUCUUUCAGUCAGGGCAUUCCAUUAGUGGAAAUAUUUUUAGUGCGUGAGAGUAGCUGAGGUGCAGCUGCGCAGUGGCAUAAAAUGUCUUUUCUGAAUAAAAAAAGUUAAAAUCAGUGCUCAGUCACACAGAAUUUCACCUCCUUUGGGACUAAAAGUAAAUAAACCGCUAGAGGAAGCGUGCGACUCGGCCAUGGAUGUCCUGCGGCUCACCAUCGCGCUGCUCAUGAUGGGCUUCUCGGCUUUAUCGGCCUACGUUGACACCUGGUCCAUUCAGGUUUCUCCAGAGGUGCGAACUAUUGAGGGUUAUCCUGCAGUGCUGCCCUGCUCCUUCACACACCCAACACACACCCUGCACUCCUCCAUGAACGUGGUCUGGCGCCUGGGCCACACGCGCACCAGCACCGUGCUCUUCCGCUGCUCCAGCCUCAACGGCAGCCAGCAGUGCGAGACCGGACCAGACCAGGACCAGCGAUACCGGCUGGAGGGAAACCACCGAGAGCAUGACCUGACUCUGCGUAUCAGCAGCACUGCCCUGCAGGACAACGGCCGCUACUACUGUGGUGUGGAGCUGCCUGACCAACCACAUGGCAGCUACGAGAACAAAAUGGGCACACGGCUCCGAGUGGAAGCUCCACCACGGAUUUUAAGCCUGUCCAUAGCGGGCAGCGUAGACACAGGACUCAAAGCCCUGUGUCAUGUCCAGGGAUCUCCGUUACCUGAUGUCCAGUGGACGGGUUUAGACGAAGUUCUCGACUCGGAGAGCGAAGCAGCCCCACUCCCACAGGAAGCUCCGGAUCGCCACAGAACCACCAGCCAGCUCCUGGACAUCCAGCCGGGGGGGCAAUACACCUGUACCGCGUCCAACCCUCUCGGCAAUGACCAGGCGACGGUCUACAUUCUGCACCCGAGUCCAGAAAUGUCCAAGAACCACAGCAGCAGGGAUGAUGCUCUAACUGUCCUGCUGCUGCUUGGGAUAGCGCUAGCAGUUAAAUUCCUUCUCUUCAUGGGAGGUCUGGGAGGUUUGUUCAUUAAGUGGCACGUCGGGUCCAAAAGUCUGAGUCAAUCAUCCAAAUGAUGCUCUCACUCUCAGUACAUGCUGUUUCUUCAAAAUGUGUUAGAAAAAUAAAUACAGCCUUCAUGUUUUCUGAGGAUUCAUCUAAAUGAUCAGCUGCCUGAUUAAACCAUGCUCCGCCUUCUAGGAUUGAUUGGCAUGUGCUGGCUGUAUUGUUUCCAAAUAAUUGUUUGUUAUUAUUGUUGUAUAAGUUUUCUGCUUCAGUUUGCCUUUUCCUUCAGCAAAAUACUUGUAAAUUAUGUUCCUAUUAAU